AUACUCCUGAAGAAUAUAGUAAAGAAGAAAAUUUGUUAACACAACUUGAUAAUGCUAUUUACAUUAAUAUAAAUUUUGAAGAAACAGAAACUACAAAUGAAGAAGAUUUAAAUGAAAAUUUAGAAUUAUUGCAGAAUUUUAAAUUAGUUAAUAGAGUUGAAUUAGAUGUUUGGAAAUUUCUAGAUAGAGAAACUCAAAAAUGUUCUCAAUGUCCUAAA